CCCCGAACUGAGUCCCAAAGCGAAUGGGGCAGGAUGGCGAGGAGCUAGGACCUCAGGGGGGAACCCUGGACAGCAGCCCCGAGCCAGGCCUGCCCCAGGUGGACCAGAGAUGAGGUGCCCCUGUGGGUGCAUCUCACCUCCUGCUGUCUUAGAAUUGCUUCUGGAAGUUUUCUGCGUUCCACUUUAGCCCGGAAGUUAUGAGAUCCGACACUAUGGCCCUGCCAAGUGGGUUAGCACUUGCGUGGAGUCCAUGGACUGGGAUUCAGCAGUCCAGACUGGCUUUACAAAACUGAGCAGCUACAUUCAAGGCAAAAACGAGAAAGGGAUGAAGAUAAAGGUGACGGCCCCAGUGCUAAGCUACGUGGAGCCUGGCCCGGGUCCUUUCAGUGAGUCUACCAUUACUGUUUCCCUGUACAUCCCCUCCGAGCAGCAAUCCGAUCCGCCCAGGCCCUCAGAGUCAGAUGUCUUCAUUGAAGACAGAGCUGCAAUGACAGUGUUUGUACGGUGUUUCAAGGGAUUCUCUAAUGCCCAAAAGAAUCAAGAACAGCUUUUGACGUUAGCAAGUAUUUUGAGGGAAGAAGGAAAAGUCUUCGAUGAAAAAGUUUUCUACACUGCAGGCUACAACAGUCCUUUCAAAUUACUUGACAAAAAUAAUGAAGUGUGGUUGAUUCAGAAAAACAAACCUUCCAAAGCAAAUGAAGGAGACAAUGAAAAGAAUUUCACUGCUGGGGCAAACCUUCUGCUUACUGUACACAACAACACCACUGCUAAAUAAAGUGAGUGUCCUUCUCUCUGGAGUCCCUCCAGGAAGUGCUCUUAUUUCCAUUGUGCCUUUUCAAAUGCUUGAAGCUUCACUUAGAUACACAAAUAUCAGGGACAAAUCUGUAAACAUGUAAAUCAGCCAUUUCCGAUGGUCAACCGGGAACGAUCUUGUUAUUCCUCUCUUCUUUGCCGCAUCAUGAUCAUGUUACCUUCUUCGACUUGGAUUUGUGUCAAGGGCAGUUGUCCCUCUAGGUAGGAUCAGUAAAAUGUCAAAGCUGUAUCCUGAGUGGAACUAUAAGUCCUUAGGCCUGAGGUGAAUUCAGCUGGACACAAAAAUAAAUAAUCUUCUGCAGCUGCUGUUAUUACAUUAAGUCUUCAUCUCCAUCUGCCCAUGAUCCCCCUGUAUAAGAAAACGGUUACCUCCAAGUGUAGAGUUGGUUUUUUUGUUUGUUUGUUUGUUUGUUUGUUUUUUCCUAGAACUGAGGAUUGAGCCCAGGGUUCUCAUACUAAGCUCUAUUCCAGCCUUUAUUAUUUUUGUAUUUUGAGAUGUGGUCUUACAAAGUUGCCAGUUGCCCAAACUGGGCUGAAACUUAGAAUCCUCCUGCUUUAGCUUCCCAGAAUGCUGGAAUUACUGGCAUGCAGCAACAUUCCUGACUAAAAGUGCUGGUAUUCUGGAGCAGAGAAUAAAUCUAUGAUGUUGGGAAUUUUCUGUUUUGCUUGAGACUCAAGGCAUGUUUCUUGUAGAAAUGUGUACAAACAUAACACUUUUAAGAUGCACUUGAAUUUUUAAAGUACUUCCAACAGUACACGUUUUUAGAGAUUAUAUAAAAAAUGAUUAGUUAUUCAAAGAGUGAGCUGCUGAAACAAGGAGCAAUGUCUAACAGGUUGGAAAGUGCUUGUUCUGGGAAAGACAAGUCACAGUCGGGUCCCUGGCAGCCUGUCCCAGGGAAGAUGGCUCCCGGAGUUGAGGAGAAGAGUGGACGAGCCCAGUAACUUCCCCACAGUUCAAGCUGCCCAUGAGGACACAGCCUGCGGUUCCCCUCAUUAUCUGUUUAAGCAGAGACCACAAUUCCCUUCUCAGGAGACCACUUCUUACACAGGGGCCUUAAAUGUCCGAUGGAUUGGAUGGAGAAGAUAAAGCAUAAGGGUCCUUCAACCCUGUCAUUAUACAUCUCUUUAAAUUAACCUCUCUGGAGUACUACUCUGCCAUAAAAAAGAAAUGUGGGUCACUUCCAGGGAAAUGGACACAUCUUGAAACCAUAAUAUUAAAUGAAAUAAAUCAGACUCCAGCUCAAAUAUCUUAUGGCUUCUCUGAUAUAAAAAACCUGUAGUACAAAUAAAUUAAGGAACAAAACAAAAGAUAGAUAAAAGGAUACAGGGAGGUAGAUAUUUUACAAACAGGAAAGGGACCAAGAGGAGUAAGGAAGGGAAGGAGGGAAAAGGAGAGAGACGUAUGAAGAAUUGAGUUUUGUUAUAUGCGUGUAUCAACUCCUUAUGAUGAAU